AUGAAGUUAGUAAUACUAUUUUUGUUUAUGUGUAUUUAUGUAGUAUAGAGUGAGACUAUAAACUUAAGUUUAAGUUCACCCUGUUAAUGUACACAGUUAUUUGAAUAUGAUUGUUAUAGGAAUUAAAAUUGUGUUUGGAAUAAAUUGUAAUUAAGAUGUGAAAUCAAAUCAACUACAGAAGAAUCAAAUACUAAUACUAAAACUAAAAAUAAUACUUAUUGUACUAAAUUUGGAUCUGAUAAAUGUUGGGAAACAGAGGGAUGUGCUUACAUUUUAAAUGAAUGUGUUUAAUUUACAUCAUGUUCUAGUUAUCCUUUUAGUGUUCAAGAACUUUGUUAAAUGAUUUCUAGUAAAUGUAUCACUGAUGGUGAAAAAUGUAUUGAAAUUGGAGAUUGUUACUAAUAUUAAACUUCUAUAUCUUGUGUGAAAAAUUCAAAGGGAAAAUAUUGUUUUUGGGAUUAGUAUUGUAUGGAUGCAACAGAUUGUAAUAAACUACCAGUUUAAUUCAAAACAGAUGCUGAAUGUCGUGAAUAACUAUCAUAUUGUACAGUAAAUCCAAGAGGAGGAUGUUAAGUGAGUGGAUACAAUUGCGAAGAUCAAGAAUUUGAGAUGUAAUGCUAUUAUAACCAGAAAUUGGAAUAAUGUGCAUGGGUUGAUGGUAAAUGCAUGGAUCGUUCAUGUGAAACUGCACCAAAAUCUAUUAGAACUGAUAUAGCAUGUUAAGAAUAUUUCUAAAGUUGCACAUUAAUUGCUGAAGGAGGUUGUAGAUAAAGAACAUAAUGUAAUGAUGUAACCAUUAAAGAAUCAUGUACAUACAAUGCAAAUGGAUAAUAAUGUUUUUGGAAUGAAGGUAAAUGUUAUGAUAAGAAAUGUGAAAAUGCUCCUUAAAAUAUUAAUUGUUCUGAGUUUUUAGAAAAUUGUGUUCCAAAAUCCUUAGGUGGAUGUAUGAGUAUAUCUGAAUGCUCAAAAUAUGAUAUGAAAGAGAGUUGUAAAUUAGAUACUUAAAAUAAUAAAUGUUUUUGGACAGGUAGUUAUUGUAUCUUAUAUACAUGUCAAAGUGCUCCUUUAGAUUAUGUUACUCAUGAACAAUGUGCUGCUUACAAAGAAGAUUGCACUGUUAAUAAUACUACUUUUAAAGGUUGUUCAGAAAGAACAUGUGAUAAUGCUCCAACAACAUCAACUACAUUUCUAUAAACCAAUUAUGAUUGUAAUAAAUAUAAAGAAGGUUGUAUCACAAAACUUGGAGGAGGAUGUAAAUAAUUAAAUGAAUGCAGUGAUAUAGAUGUUGAAAUUGCUUGUGUAGUAGAUAAAUAUGGAAGAAAUUGUUUUUUUUAUAAUAAUUAAUGUGCUCUAAGAACUUGUGAAAAUGCACCCUUAUCUUUUAAUAGUCAUUAACAAUGUUAAGAAUUCAAUUAGGAAUGUACUGUGGCAAGAACACUUAUUGGAUGUGUUAAAAUGACAUGCUAAGUUCUCACAUCUCAAAGUACUUGUAAAGUUGAUUUAAAUGGUAAUCGUUGUUCUUGGACUGGUCUUUGUUAUUCAAAAACUUGUGCUAAUGCCCCAUUUGAAUAUGAUACAGAUUUAAAAUGUAAAACUUAUUUAAGCUCAUGUACAAUUGCAAAUAGUGGACGUGGAUGUAUAACUAGGCCAGAUUAAUGCAAUUUAUUAGUACUAGAAGAUUAAUGUUACAUUACAUCAACUGGUUAAAUAUGUGGAUGGUUUGAAGGAGCAUGUUAUGAUAAAGCUUGUUUUACUGCACCUUACACAUCUGAUUAUGACACAUAUGAAGAAUGUAAUAAUUAUUUAAAUGGAUGUACAGUUGCAAGUGAAGGUAAUGGUGGUUGUGUACCUUUGGAUUCAUGUACUACUUAUACAGCAUUAAGAAGUUGUAGAUUUAAUAAUUUAAAUUAACUUUGUGAAUGGACUGGUACUGCUUGUUAUGAUAAAUCAUGUACAACUGCGCCUUAAGAUGCUGACCAUGACUCAAAUGAAGAAUGUGAGGCUUAUUUAACUGGAUGUAUUGUUGCUCCAAGUGGAUAAGGAUGUGUUUAAAAACCUAAUAGUUGUGGAUUGAUGAGUACAAAUACUUAAUGUACAGAAACAUCUACCAACUCACUUGGAGGGCCAUGUGUUUGGGUUGGAUCUUGUGUUAAUAGAACUUGUAAUAAUGCUCCAAUCUCUGCCAAUUAUGACACUCAUUAAGAAUGUUAUACAUUUCUGUCUUCAUGUACUGUAGUCCCUACAGGUCUUGGAGGUUGUAUGACAUAAUUGAGUACUUGUGCCUAAUAUACUACAUUUAGAUCUUGUUAAUUAGCAUCCAAUGGCUAAAAAUGUGCUUGGUAAUAUAAUUAUUGUUACAAUCGAUAAUGCUCUUAUGCUCCUGAUACAAAUGAAUUCGAUUCUGAUACAGAAUGUAAUGAUUUUCUUAAUUCUUGUACUGUUGUCAGAAGAAUUAGUAAUUUAGGUUGUACAUCAAGAUUAAGUUCAUGUCAAGAUCUUACAGAAUAAUAAUGUAUUACUGAUAGUAAUGAUAAUUUAUGUACUUGGGAUACUACUCUAGCAACUCCUAAUUGUAAGACUAGAUCAUGUACUUUUAUGAUUGGAUAUGAUUAUACAUAGCAAAAUUGUAAAAAUUGGAUAUCUGGCUGUGUUGUUGAUAACAAUAUACCUCAUACAAAUUGUAUGACUUAGAGAUCUUACUGUUUUCAAUAUUAUAAUUAAGAUAAUUGUGAAUAUUCUACUUAUCAUGGCUAUUGUAUUUGGGAUGGUUCAACUUGUGGAAUUAGAAAUUGUUCUACAACACAAAAUAUAACUGAUUUUAAUCAUACAAAUUGUAAUAAUUGGUUGUCUUCAUGUACAGUUGGUGCUCCAACUACUUGUAUAUAGAAACCAGUUAAUUGUGCUGACUAUGUGAAUUAUAAUCAAUGUUAUAAAAAUUAUGCAGAUUAACCUUGUACUUGGUAUAAUGAUGGUUGUAUUGAAAAGACAUGUACUAAUCAUGGUUAUUCAGUUACUGUAUUCAAUUAAUCUAAUUGUAACAAUUGGUUGUCUUCCUGCUCUGUUAAUCCAGGUAAUACUGCUUGUGAGACUACAAGAACUUGUGCUAAUUAUACAGGAUCUACUUUUACACAUUCUAAUUGUAAUUCUUGGUUAAGUGAUUGUACAACUAAUGGAACUUAAUGUGUAAAUAAGACUUGUACAAAUUAUGGUUCUAAUGUUACUGUAUUUAAUAAUUCAACAUGUUCAACUUGGUUUAGUGAAUGCACAAAUGAUGGAUCAACUGGUUGUAAGAGUGCUAGAACAUGUACUAAUUAUGGAAGCAAAGUUACUAUAUUUAAUCAUACAAAUUGUACAAAUUGGUUAUCAUCAUGUACAAAUACAAAUACAGCUUGUACAGCUAGAACUUGUACUAAUUAUGGAUAAAAUAUUUUAUUCUUUUCUCAUGAUACUUGUAAUACUUGGUUAUCUACAUGUACAGUAACAUGGGAUAAAUUAGGUUGUGAAACUAAAACAUGUAUUAAUUAUGGUCAAUAAAUAACUACAUUUGAUAAUACUAAUUGUUAAGCAUGGUUAUCUUAAUGCCAAGCAAAUAUAAAUGGAACUGCCUGUGAAUCAUCUAAUACCUGUCCUUCUGGAGCAUUUACUACUGUUGCUAAUUGUGGUGAUUAUUUAGAAUCAUGUACUUAUGUGAGUGGAUCUAAUUGCACAAAUAAAAACUGUUCAUCCCCAUCAGGAAUAACUACUUACAAUCAUAAGACAUGCACAAACUUUUAUAAAUUAUGUACUAGUAAUUCAGCUUCUAAUGGUUGUGAAUGGAGAACUUGUUAUAAUCAUAAAGGAUUUAUCUCUUAUUUUACACAUGAAUCAUGUGAAAAUUGGUUAUUUUAAUGUACAGUCAAUAGUACUAAUACAGGAUGUACAGUAAAGACAUGUACUAAUUAUGGAAGUCAUGUAACAUCAUUUACAAAUGCAGAUUGUAAUAAAUGGCAUACUUCUUGUAAUGGUGCAACAUCAACAUGUUAAGAAAGUAGAACAUGUACAAGUGCUCCAACAGGUUAUCAAUAUGAACAUACUAAUUGUGAAGCAUAUUCCUUAAGUUGUACUAAGAAUACAGCUACAAGUUGUAUGACCAAGACUUGUGCCAAAGCAAAUUUAGUAUUUUCAACAUUUACUCAUGCUAUUUGUUCAGAAUGGUUAAGUUCUUGCACAUCUGAUGCUACAGGUUCUGCUUGUAUUAGUAGAACUUGUACAAAUUAUAAGGAUUAAUUAAGUACAAUAAGUCAUGCAACAUGUAAUGCAUGGUUAUCAAGUUGUACUAGCAAUAUUGCAGGUACUGCAUGUGAAACCAUAACAUGUUUUAAUCAUGGAACUUAAGUUACUGUGAUAGAUAAUAUAAAUUGUAAUAGUUGGAAAAGUGGUUGUGUAGGAGGAGGAACUACAUGUAGAAGUUCUACAAAUACAAUGUGUGGAUCUUAUUCAGGAACUAUAAAUCAUGCAAAUUGUACAACUUAUUUAAGUACAUGUACAAAUUCUGGAAGUACAAAAUGCAUAGUUAGAACUUGCUCAUUAGCAUCUUAAGGUGGUAUAACAGUAUUUAAUCAUUAAAAAUGCAGUGAAUGGUAUUUGGAAUGUACAGCUAAUUCAGAUGGUACUGGAUGUUAAUAUAGAACAUGUUCUAAUCAUGGAGAUUAUGUAACUACAUUUACAUCUACUACUUGUUAGAAUUGGCUAUAUGGUUGCAAUGUUAAUUCAACAAAUGAUGGAUGUGUUAGUGAACGUACAUGUUCUAAUUAUGGAUCAUAUAUAUAAGAAUUUACUCAUGAAAAUUGUAGUAAUUGGUUAAGUACAUGUACAAAUAACUCUGGUAACACUGCUUGCAUAGAUAGAACAUGUACAAAUUAUGGAAGUAAUGUAACUGUAUUUACUUACACUAAUUGUAAUGCUUGGUUAGAUGGUUGUACUGGAACAGGUAGUGCAUGUGAAGCAAGAUCUUGCAGUAAUUCUUCAACUGGCAUUAGUUCAUAUACUGAAGCCAAUUGCUAUAAAUGGUAUUCUUAUUGUAAGGUAAAUGACUCACUUAAUAGUUGUAUAAGUACGCGUACAUGUACUAAUCAUUCAGGUAAUAUUACGACAUUUAAUCAUUCAAAUUGUAAUUCCUGGUUAUCAGAUUGUACAGUCACAGCUGAUGGACUUAAUUGUGAAACUAAGACUUGUACUAAUAGUAAUAUAACUGCUGGAAAUUUCAAUUUUAAUAAUUGUAAUUCAUGGUUAUCUGGAUGUAUUGCUAAUAUUCAAGCAAAUAAUUGUGAAACUGUUAGAACAUGUGAAAAUGCAAUUUCUAAUCUAACUACUUUUAAUCAUUCUACAUGUUCUGGUUGGUUGAGUUCUUGUACAUACAAUAAAGCUGGAACCGUUACUGCUGGAACUAGUUGCAUUGAAUAUGUAUGUGCUAAUGCAUAAUUAACUACUUUUAAUCAUACCAAUUGUUAAAACUAUAAGAACACUUGUACAGUUAAUUCUAGUAAUAAUGGAUGCACUGAUUUCAUCUGUUCAAAUGCAGCAAACUCUUUAUCUUCAUUUUCACAUUAGAAUUGCAAUUCCUAUAAAUCUACAUGUACAGUAAAUAAUUCUUAUAAUAAUUGUGAAGAUAUGACUUGUAGUAAUGCUUAUCGUACUUUAUAAUAUUCAGUAACUUAUUAUAAUUAUGCUCAUUCCGAUUGUUAAGGAUGGCUAUCAUCUUGUACCAUUAAUAGUUCAGCAACUGGAUGUGAAACAAAGACUUGUUCAAAUGCAUCAUAUACUCAAACUAUUUAUUCAGGGUAUAGUUGUACAAAUACUUGGAUGUCUAGUUGUGAAUUACACACCUCGAAUAGUUAUUGUGUUGAGAAAACUUGUCUUACUUUUAGAGGAUCAUUAUCAACUGCAAAUUGCAAUAAUUACUUAAGUGGAUGCACUUAUUAUGGAAAUUAUGAUAAUACUACUUCUUGUACUUCUAAUAUUAGAACAUGUGCUAAUGCUAUUAUAGCUCAUAAUAAUGGUUAUAGCAUUGCGAAUUAAGCCGCAUGUGAUUAAUGGAAAUCUGGUUGUGCAUUCAGAGGAUCUGGCAAUUAUGGUUGUGAAGAAAGAUCGUGUUCUAAUUAUGUUAGUGCAAAUCAAUCUAAUCCUUCAACUUAUGCUUAAUGUAAUAGUUGGUUAUCAACAUGUACAUAUGAUAGUGUAAAUUAAAAAUGUGUUGAAAAGAAUUGUUCUAACUUUUCUUAAUUCUCACCUUCCUUUGCUAAUUGUUAAGCCUGGAAUUCCAUAUGUACAGUUAAUUCAACGAAUACAGGUUGUGAAAAGAGAAAUUGUUCUAACUAUUCAUAUGUUUAUCAAGUCUUUAAUGAUUCUAAUUGUUCAGCAUGGUAUUUUAAUUGUAAAGUUAAUUCUUCAAAAACUGCUUGUGAAGCAAGUUGUACUACAACAACUGGUAUUACUACAUUUAAUUUUGCAAAUUGUCAAGAUUGGGAUACUAUGUGCUCUGUUAAAAGUGAUAAUACCAAUUGUGAAAAAAGAAGUUGUUCAAAUCCUUAACUUGCAUCCUAUACUGAUACUACAUGUUCAUCUUGGUUGUCUACUUGCACUAAUAAUGGUACUACAAGUUGUAAAGAUAGAACAUGUUAUAAUUAUUCCACAAAUCUAUUAUUAUACUCUUCUAGCACUUGUGAAUCUUGGUUAUUUGUUUGUACUAAUUAUAAAACAUUAGGUUGUAUGCCUAAAACAUGUGAUAAUUAUACUGGAACUGUUAAUGAUAGUAAUUGUUAAUCUUAUCUAUCAUACUGCUUAGCAAAUACAACAAAAACAAAAUGUGUAACUAGAAGAACUUGUACUAAUCAUGGAUCUUCAGUUACAACGUUUACACAUGUCAAUUGUGAAAACUGGAAUAGUAAUUGUACUAGUAAUAUUCUAAAUACUGCUUGUAUUGAAAAAACUUGUAGUAAUAUAAAUACAAGUGCUGUUAUAUAAAUAAAUUCAUAUACAUGCACUGCUUGGAAAUCUACUUGUGCUUAUAUCAAUGGAAGUUGUGUAGAUAAGACCUGUAGUAAUUCAGGUUUAGUUGGUAGUGAUGUCACUCUAACUAAUUGUAGUGAUUGGUUGCCUUAUUGUAAAGCUAAUAAUGCUAUUUGGCCAUAAUAUUGUGAAUUAAAGACAUGUUAAAAUCAUUCAUUAGGAACUAUAAAUUAAGCAAAUUGUUAAAAUUGGUUGUCUUAUUGUAGAGUAAAUUCAGCAGGAACAGCUUGUAUGACUGAUCGUACAUGUAGUAAUUAUGGAAUUAAUAUUUUAACAUUCAAUCAUAUUAAUUGUGAAGCAUGGUCAUCUUAUUGUACAGUAAAUACAACAAAUAAUGGAUGUAUGAAUAAGACUUGUUUUAAUACUAAUUUAAGUGUGUUUAAUGAUCAAACUUGUGGGUAAUGGUUGAAUACUUGUAAAGCUAAUUCAUCUAAUACAGGAUGUGAAAUAAGAACUUGUACAAAUUAUGGUAAUUAAUUAACAAGUUUUACUGCUGCAACUUGUUCAUAUUGGUUAUAUUAAUGUACUAAUAAUUUAUCUACAGGUUGUAAGACAACGAGAACAUGUACUAGUUAUACUAACUUAAUAUAAACUUUUACAUUAUAAACUUGUUCAGAAUAUUUGAGUUAAUGUGUUCCUGAUCCUACUAAAUCAUCUUGUUUAGAAAGAACUUGUAGUAAUGCAUAGGAAUUACCCUCAUAUACACAUUAAAAUUGUACAAACUGGUUAAAUAGUUGUACUGUGAAUUCUUCUAAUAAUGGUUGUAUUGAUAGAACAUGUCAAAAUGCAAAUUUAUCAUUUUAUAAUUAUAGUAGUUGUUCUAAUUGGCUAAGUUCAUGCACUGUUAAUACUACUAAUGAUGGAUGUACUGCUAAGACUUGUAGUAAUAGCACUAUUACUUAAUUUACACAAUCUAAUUGUACAGCUUGGUUAAAUACUUGUACAAAUGGAACAAAUUCAUGUAUUAAUAAGACAUGUGCAAAUUAUACAGGUACAAUCAAUUAGACAAAUUGUGUGGGAUGGUUAUCAUAUUGUUAUGCUGAUUCUGCAUCUCAAACAUAAUGCUAUAGUCUUAGAAAUUGUUAUAAUCAUAAUUUAAGUACAUUUACUGUGAGUACAUGUAGUUCAUGGUCUCCAUUAUGUACAGUAAAUACUACAAAUAAUGGAUGCAUUGAAAAGACUUGUUAUAAUCAUAAUUUAACAAAAUUUAGUCAUGCAGUUUGUUAAGAUUGGUUAUCAACUUGUACAGUCAAUAUGGAUGGAACUAAUUGUGAAAUUAGAUCAUGUACAAAUUAUGGUAAUAAUAUUACCUUAUUUAAUAAUGCUAAUUGUUCUGGAUGGUGGAAAUAUUGUAAAGCAACAACAUUAGGUAAUGCAUGUGAACCAUAUACUUGUUGGAAGAAUAAUGUUAGUGUAUUCAACCAUACUAAUUGUUAUAAUUAUUUAGAUUAAUGUACUGUUGCAGAUUCUACAUCUUGUGGAUCUACAAGAACAUGUACAAAUCAUGGAAGUGCAGUUACUAUAUUUAAUCAUGCUAAUUGUUAAUAUUGGUUAACUAAAUGUACUGUAAAUGCUGCAGGAACAGCAUGUGAAGAAAUGACAUGUGAAAAUCAUGGAAUUUAAGUAACUAAAUUCACUCAUGCAAAUUGUUAAAAUUGGAUGUUUGAUUGUACUGUUAAUGCAACUGGCACAGAUUGUGAAUUAAAAACAUGUUCUAAUUAUGGUGCUAAUGUUGUUGUUUAUACUCAUGCUAAUUGUUUAGCUUGGCUAUCUAAAUGCACUAACAAUUCAACUAAUAGUGCAUGUAUUAAUAAAACAUGUUUAAAUACUACUGGUAUCAGUUCUUGGACUUAGGCUAAUUGUGAAUCUUGGUUGAGUGUUUGUUAAUUAAGUAAACCUACUACUUGUACAAAUAAUGUAAGUAAUUGUUCAUCUGCAACAUAUAAUUAAUGUGUUAAAGAUACUAAUAAUGAUAUUUGUGUAUGGCAUUAAAAUUCAUGUAAAGAUAGAGCAUGUAAUAAUUUUAGUGGAACAGCAAAUCAUACUAAUUGUGAAAAUUGGUUAAGUACUUGUACAGUCAAUACAACCAAUGAUGGAUGUGUCACUAAACCUUCAAAUUGCACUACUGGAGGUGUAACUCAAAAUUAAUGUGUUAUCAGUUAUUCUAAUGUAAAAUGUGCAUGGAAUGGAAGUGCUUGUGUAAAUAGAACAUGUACAUAAUAUUCAGGUACAUUUAAUCAUACUAAUUGUAAUAAUUGGUUAAAUACUUGUACUGUUAAUAGUGCUUAAACUGCUUGUUAAACACUAUCAUCUUCAUGUACUUCCUAUACUAUCUAGGCUUAAUGUAAUAUUACUAGUUCUGGUGUAGUUUGUUUUUGGGAUAAUACUACUUGUGUUAAUAGAACAUGUGAACAUGCUCCUUAAACUACUGAUUAUAAUGAUCAUACUAAAUGUAUUAAUUUUUUGAAUUCAUGUACUGUUGCUAGAUUUGGAGGAUGUACAGAUAAAUUAAGUACUUGUUCAUCUUACAAAUAAUAAUCAUAAUGUUAUUAGAGUUCAUCUGGAGUUAAAUGUUAUUGGAAUACUUUAACUUCAUUAUGUACAGAUGCUAUUUGCACAAAUGCAUUAUCAACACUAACUACACAUGAAGAUUGUUAAAGUUUCUUGAAUACUUGCACAGUAAAUACUGCAGGAGGAUGUAUUCCUCUUGUUGCAUGUAACCUUUACACAACAUCCUUAUCUUGUAUUAUAUCUAAUACUGGUGAUACUUGUGAAUGGUAAUCAGGAACUUGUAAUAUAAAAUCUUGUACAACUGCUGCAUUUGAUACUACUAGAGACACUCAUGAAGAAUGUCAAAACUAUUUACCUAAUUGUACUGUUAUUGCUUCUGGAAUAGGUGGAUGUGUUCCUCUUAAUGAUUGUAAUACAUAUACAUCUGAAAGAUAAUGCAAAAUCAAUUCAAGUGGUUUAUUAUGUGGAUGGAAUGGUUCAGUGUGUGCUAAUAGAUCUUGUUCCACUGCUCCUCCAACUGUAACAUAUAGUAAUGAUAGUGCUUGUUAAGAUUAUAUGGAUGGUUGUACAGUAGUUGAAACUGGAUUUGGUUGUGAAUCUAGAAAAUCAGAGUGUUCUGAUUAUAAAGUAAGUAAAUAAUGUGUAAAAACUAUAACAAAUUAAUUAUGCUAUUGGAAUAAAGAAUUGCCUAUUCCUAUUUGUGAGAUUACUACAUGUUUAAAUGCACCUAGUAAUUCACUUACUCCUGCCUUAUGUGAAUAACACUUCAAUUUAUGUUAUUCUAAUAUGUAAUAUUGUAGAUUAGAGGAAUGUGAAGAUUUAUCAUAUACUACAGAUUUUGAAUGUAAAUAUUAUAAUAGUAAAUGUACAACUAAUGGAAUUAAUUGUGUAGUUAGAAAGAAAUGUGGAGAUGUAAAGAAUAGUGCUGGUUGUGUUAUGGAUGAUUAAUUUAAUGAAUGUGAAUGGUUCAAUGAAGAAUGUGUUAUAAAAACAUGUUAUACAGCCCCUGAAUAUACUACUGAAUAGGAAUGUAAUCUUUAUAAAGAAGGCUGCACAACAAAGUUAUUUGGUGGUUGUAGAGUAAAGACUACUUGUUCAGAAGCCAAUGUUGAAUAAGCAUGCACUACAUCAAAUAUUGGUGAAAAAUGUUUCUGGUAAGAAGGCUUCUGUAGAGCUUAGAGAUGUGAAGAUUUUGAUGGUAGUUAUGAUGAUAUUUGUGAUGCUUAGAAAAAAGGGUGUGUUAGCGAUGGAACUAAAUGCAUUUUACCAAGACUUUGUUCUUAAAUACUAAUCAAAGAUCAAUGCAUUAAAGGUGUUGAUGGACCAUGUGUAUGGUAUGAAUUUGGUUGUACUCUUUUUCUCUCUUGUUCAAGCAUUUAAAGUAAUCUAGAUAGAGUUUGUAAAUCUGCUAAUAGUUUAUGCACAACUGAUGGACUGAGAUGUGUGGGAUUAGAAAAGUGUUCUAAUUAUAGAUUAUAAGAGGCUUGUAGAGUUGGAUUAGAUGGAAAUUGUUAAUGGAUUGAAUCUUUAUAAAAAUGUCUUAUGUUUGUAAAGUGUUCUGAUUUACCUUUUCUAACUCACGAUGAAUGUCAAAAAGCUUCUUCUAAAUGUACAACAGAUACUUUAAAUGGAUGUAUUAAUUUAGAAUAGUGUUUCAAUUAUAAAUAAAAAGAGUAAUGCAAAAUCAGUUCUUAACCAUAAAAAUUAGUCAACAAUUAAAUUAUUUAAACAGGAUAUUGUGCUUGGGUUAAUGGUAAAUGUAGAGAUCAGUUAUGUGAAGAUUUAAGUGGUGAAACACAUGAGUCAUGUCAAGCUAAACUCAAAGGAUGCACUUCAGAUGGAACCAAUUGUCUUACCAUGUAACCUUGCUCUUAAUAUUCUAAUAUUAUUACCUGCAAUCUUGCAUUAGGAACUGAUGGAAAAUGUUUAUUUUCUACUGCUGGUUGCAGAACUCUCGAAUGUACUGACAUCAAAAAUGGAACCAAUCACUUUACAUGUUAAAAUUACAAUUCUACUUGCAUUUCUAAUGGAGAUAAAUGUAUACCAUAAGUCAAAUGUGAAUAUUAUCCUAAUUAACUUGCUUGCACAUAUAAAGGAUUAGAUGGACAAUGUGCUUGGAAUGGUAAUAAUUGUGCAUUGAUGAAAUCUUGUAAAGAUGCUAAUAUAGAUAUGAUUGCUUGUCAAAGAAUGAGUGAAUUUUGUAAUUGGAUAAAUUAUGCUAAUGGUACUUCAUCAUGUCUCCCUCAUACAUGUUAAACUAAAGGAAUUCUUAAUCAAUGCAAUUAUAUCAAAGAUUUCAACAAUUAAACUAUAAGUACAUGUUUUUGGUCAAAUGAUUCAUGUUAAUCUGUUGAUCCUCGAAAUCUAUAAAGUCCUGAAUGCAAUUUCAACACUUUAAAUACAUAUCGAUGGAAUCCAGAAAACAAUACCUGUGAGUCCUGUUCUCCUUAAUAAAUCAACAAUACAAAUACCCCAUUAGCAAAUUAUCUUUAAUUAUUAUCGAUCAUGCUGAUAUAAGCAAUAAUAUUUUGA